AUGGAUGCUUGCUUCGGACAAUCAGGUCAUGGUGGGGGCGACUUCAGCUUUAUAGUCUCAGGCUGUUCCAGGUCAGAACUCAACGGCGAGUACCUACAACAGGACCAGUUCUAUGGACAUCGCCCCGUCUUCUACUGUGGCGACAACAAGCAGAUGCUGUUUUACAAAGAGGAGACUGGAGCUGGUGCUUGGCAGAUUCAUUCGAAGCCCGGCAAAAGAUCCAGUGCUCGGCUUGAAACGAAAAGGGCUCCACACAUGGCGGAAGCGCAGUGGACCGUUUGGCAGAAGGAUGCGGAAGGCGUCGGCACGUUUGUCCAAGAAUCUGACAUGACCUGCACUCAAGGGCCUCCGCCAAGUCCAGAGGAAAAACGUGCGCAAGCGCCUGAAAGUCUCUACUUUGACUCGCCAACGCUACAAUGUGUAAUGAACAAGCAAGAGAAGCUGAUGGGUGGGCGAAACAUGUAUGCCAGUGACGAGGGGACGGGCUGCAUUUGUAUCUAUACUGAUGGACAAGAAGGUUUCUAUGGCUGGCUCUUCUUUCAAAGUAAGGAAGUGCAGCUCGUUGGGCAAAAGGCGAUCACAACGUCACAUCCGACGAGAUCUUACUCCCCACAUUUGUGCUUGUGGAAAGAUGGAGUUUCGGUCCUCACAGCAGAACCUAAAAAGACGCGGCUUGCGCCCCGAGAGAUUGGAACGGAGCCUUGGGUCGAUCCUGACUUCCCUCCCACCAAGGAGAAUGUGGGCUUGGAAAUCUGGGAAAAAAAGAGCUCACCCACUUGGACUAGGCUCUCAGAAAUUCGUGACAAUCCGGUGCUUUUCAACGAAGAAGAUCCCUUUGACAUUGAUCAAGGGGGCCUUGGAAAUUGCUGGUUGAUUGGGACAAUGGCUGCGUUGGCGGAGUAUCAGCCAUAUUUGAGAGAUCACAUCUUUGUAUCCAAAGAUGUUCCUCCCGACGGCCGCUAUCAGAUUCGAUUGUUCGACAUCAAGGAGCGUGAUUGGGUGAUUCAUGAGGUUGACGACUUGGUGCCGUGCCACAAGGAAAGCAGUCCACACCAUCACGAUAUACCCUACUUCUGUCGCGGUCGUGCUUUGUGGUCGAUGAUCCUUGAGAAGGCCUUUGCGAAGUUGGAAGGCUCAUACCAGGGCUUGUCUGGAAAAGCCAAUGGCGACCUCGGCGCAAAUCAAGUGGUGUUCAUGCUCACCGGAGGCACUGUUAAUCACCACUUCAGGCGGAGCAUGGCCGAACAGAACCUGUGGGUGACGCAAAUCAGCAGAGAGGUGACUGCUGGACCUGAAUCCACCAGUGAGAAGAAAGGGACCUUGCUUGCGGGGGGCUCAGAUCUAUGA